UAUUUCAAGUUUUACUUUGUUUGCCCAUGGCAGUUCAUCUGUCAUCGCCGCAUCCGGUUUUGAUCUUUUAUCAAAUUUUAUCCAAGAAUCUGAAGAAUUUCUCAACUUUUUACAAGAAUUGCGGCGAAAAUGGCUACUACUGAGGUUGAAAGGACCCUGAAUCAUUUAAGCAGGACGUUGAAUCUAACUGGUCAUGUUGGUUUUGAUAGUUUACCUGACCAACUGGUAAAUAAAUCAGUAGCCCAGGGUUUCUGUUUUAAUAUAUUGUGUGUAGGUGAGACUGGAAUAGGCAAGUCUACUAUGAUGGACACCCUGUUUAAUACAAAUUUUGAUUCAACACCAAGUAGUCAUGAUCUGCAAGAUGUAAAACUCAAGUCCCAUACAUACGAUUUAAAAGAAAAGAACGUUAUGUUAAAAAUGACGAUUGUGGAUUCGCAGGGCUUUGGCGAUCAGUUAAAUAAGGAGGAUAGCUGGAAGGCGAUUGUUGAAUAUAUUGAUACCCAGUUUGAUGCCUACCUUCAAGAAGAACUGAAGAUAAAACGAUCAAUCCACAAUUAUCAGGAUAGACGUCUACAUGCUUGUUUAUAUUUCAUAGCACCAACAGGACAUUCACUGAAAGCUAUAGAUUUGGUAACAAUGAAGAAAUUAGACAGUAAAGUCAAUGUUAUACCUGUUAUAGCUAAAGCUGAUACUAUUACUAAAACAGAACUUCAUAAAUUUAAAACAAAGAUAAUGCAAGAGUUGGUAACUAAUGGUAUCAAGAUCUAUCAGUUUCCCACGGAUGAUGAAACUGUGGCUGAAACAAAUACGGCCAUGAACGGUGUCAUACCAUUUGCUAUUGUUGGAUCUAAUGAUGAAGUUAAGAUUGGUAACAAAAUGGUUAAAGCCAGACAAUAUCCAUGGGGUACAGUUCAAGUUGAAAAUGAGAACCAUUGUGAUUUUGUGAAGCUACGAGAAAUGAUUAUCAGAACAAAUAUGGAGGAUUUAAGGGAGACAACCCAUAAGAAACAUUAUGAACUUUACAGACGACAUAAAUUAGAAGAAAUGGGUUUUUCAGAUUCUGAUGCUAAGAGUUUAUCAGAAACUUAUGAAAUAAAACGCCAACAGCAUGUAUCAGAUCUACAGAAGAAAGAAGAAGAAAUGAGACAAACUUUUGUUAUUAGAGUCAAAGAAAAGGAAGGAGAAUUGAAAGAUGCUGAGAAAGAUCUUCAUGUAAGAUUUGAUGGUUUAAAGAAACAGCACGCUGACGAGAAACGUAAACUAGAAGACAGUAAGAAACGUUUAGAGGAAGAAAUCAACGCUUUUAAUCAACGGAAAGUUGCAGCUCAACAGGCUUCCACACUGGGCAAAAAGAAGAAAUAAGCUUCUAAUGAAUCAAACUUUAUCUUAUGAAACCUUAAAAUCUUACUGCAGUCAACCUUAACAUGCCAAAUAUGCCAAUUUCUUGUGUUUUCUUUUGUGAAAUGUUUUGUUUUAUUAAUAACAUAAUUUUAAAAUAGGUUCCUUUUCUUUACAAGAACAGCUGGAAUGUUCUAUAUGACUUAAUUGACAUAUUAUUUUAUUAUUAUUUGAAAACAUGUCACCAUUGAAAAAUUAUCCAUGAUCUAUGUCAUGAUUGAUUCAAAAUUUUACAAUUUUUUCCAUAUUCAAAAUGUGCAUUUCAAUUCAAGUCAUAUUACACUUACAGUCCCUUUGUGUAUGUCUACUUUAUUUUAUCUAUCAAUAGUUGGGUAAAUUAUCCAUGAAAAUUUGGCCCGUUUUUAUUGUUUUCUUGUGUUGUUAAUGGGGUAAAAGAUUUGCUCAGCUUGUUCUUCAAUGAAAACAACUAUAAAAUUAAAAGCUAGUUAAAGCAUGACAUUUUAUGUUUAGAUAUUUAAAAUCACCAAUAAUAUGCAUGCUUUCAGUAUUAAAUGAAUGUUCUUUUCACAGCUGAAUUAUUUUUUGUUGUGAGCUUGCUGUUAACUUUAAUUAGUUUUGUUAUUAUAGAAAUCUUAGAGGGAGAAAAUCUCAGUGAUCAUGGUCCUGAGUAAUUGAUGAUAAACAAUUUUUGUUGAUUGAUAAACAAUUUUUGUUGAUCAAUUUAUCUAUGUUAAUUAUAAUCAAUGAAGUUUACAUGCUAUUUAUUACAUUUUUAUACUUUUAUUGUAAUUAAAUAUAUUAAUUUUUUUUUAAUUGGUAAUUUAGUGGUGUCUUUAUUGAUUCUGAAAAUACUCACGUCAUAUGCAUUUUAAACAUUCAGAGAUCAAUAUUAGACAACAUAGUAAUGAUUAAAGAUGAUGUAGUUUCUACGAAAAUAAAUUGAUGAUAUAUGUGGCUGUAGUAUUAGGGGUAAUACCAUAUAUGGAAAUUAGAAAAAUAUCAUAAUUCUAGAUAAAGAUAUCAUUUACAAUACUUGUAUACCAUUGGCAUCAGUUAACCCAGUGCCCAUUUUGUCUUCCUAUCAGGGCCGGACUUACCAAUAGGCAUAGUAGGUCAUUGACCGGAGGCCCAGUGAAAUGAAUUUGUUGUGCAAUGAGCAAGCAUAUUGUUGCAACAUUUCUGUAACUUUGGAGCACAAUGAGUUUGGUCUAGGGCCAACAAGUAAGUAAAUCCGGCUCUGCAUCCUAUUUGUCAAAUUUUGUUAUUUUUCUGUUUAUUUGUACGUCAUUUGGUAAAUGUUAAUUUAAUCAGUAUCCAUCUAAUUUAUUUAUACAGAAUUCCUAUUUGCAAUGUUACCCUGAUUCUAGUCCUUCAGACACCCAUCAACCAUUUAAUCAUGUAAUAGGAAGUACAUUAAAUAAUGGACCAAUUCAUAAUACAUAUAUUCACACUUAUACUUUGCUUUCUGCAUGUCAUUUUCUUACCAUUCUGUAUGUAAUAUUAUUUUAUAUGUCUAGUAAAUGUGUGCAUGUCAUUUUUUUGUACUGAAAUAAAAUAUUCUAUAUAAA